AUGGCCACAUAUGAACGAACCAUCCCGGAGGGUAAAACUCUCCCUCCUCAGAGUCAGAUAGACCCAUCUCUCGCAGAGCUUGGGGCUACACCUCCCGGUGUCUACUUUGAGGACUCCGACCCUUUCGAUAUGCACUGCUAUCCUGAGACAGAAUGGUCGAAGACCGCUCUCUUCUGCACUUCGACUGCACUCAAUGUUCCUCCUGGAAAGAAGCCGCUAGCAAAUACCUCGUCUAGAGCGUCUAAUGCCCAGCUUGACCCAUGGGCCGAUCCUACGUCUCAGUAUCCGUGUUAUGUAGAAGACUCCUGCGACACUUCCGUAGCUGGACUUGCCAAUAAUACUACAUCGAACCUCUGUCGCUAUAACCCUAGCCCCAGCAGUCCUGCACCUACCGCGCUAGCAUCUAAGCCACCAGAGCAUAGCCGUUGGAGCUCGACUCUAGUUCGUGCUCCAUCUAUUCAAAAUCCUGAUUCUAAAUUUACUCAACGCAAGCGAGGUCGCCAAAGCCGCUAUCAUUCCUCCUCAGGAACCUAUGCCAACCCUAUCACCAAUAGCGCUAGUCAGUCAAAGUGUAUUCCGCACACCGAAGUUGAGCGCAAGUACCGCGAGAAGCUCAACGCUGAGAUAGAGCGGCUACGUAGGGCCGUUCCUGUCCUACCACAAAGUAGCACAGCUGAUGUCAUGAACCUCUCAAAGCCAAGCAAAGGCAUGGUGCUAGCUGUGGCAGUCGAGUAUAUAAAGGAGCUGGAGAGUCAGAGAGAUGCAGCGGUGAGAGAAGUAGAACGGCUAGGUGGGGAAAUUCGGUUCGAAGAAAGGCGCGAGUGCUCAAGGGGGCAUAAAACAGAGGUGUAG